AUGACUGAUUCUGACGCCAAUCACAAUGACGUAUCUCUGGCUACCGUCGCUGAUGCACCCGAUGAUGCUGAAGAAGAUGUGAAGUUGAGGUCUAGGGACCAAAGACUGGCUCUGCAAGGUGAGCCCAAGUGUGUGAUAUGUGGUCGCUACGGUGAAUACAUAUGUGAUGAAACUGAUGAUGAUGUUUGCAGUUUGGAAUGCAAACAAGCAGUGCUUUGCAGAAUUGGCAAAUCAUUGGCUCCUAUUGGUAGCAUUCUUCCACCUAAAAAGAUUCCUAUAGCUGAUGAAUGCUUUUAUGUUAGUGAUGCUGAUUACAAAUCAGGGACUGCAUCUAUAGCUAGUGAUCUUAGAACGAAACUUGACAUUCAUGUGAAGGGCGAUGUCGUGGCACCAAUCUUGUCAUUCUCUGCCUGUAACCUCCCUGACAAGCUCCUCCACAAUAUAGAAGCAGCUGGGUAUGACAUGCCUACACCUGUUCAGAUGCAAGCAAUCCCUGCUGCUUUGACGGGCAAAAGCAUGCUUGUUUUGGCCGGUACAGGAUCUGGGAAGUCUGCUUCAUUUCUUAUUCCGAUAGUUUCUCGUUGUGUGAGUCAUCGCCGACUAUAUGUUUCAGAUAAGAAGAAGCCUUUAGUUAUGGUGUUAACACCUACCAGAGAGCUCUGUAUACAGGUUGAAGAGCAUGCUAAGAUGCUUGGCAAGGGAUUGCCUUUCAAAACUUCUCUUGUGGUUGGUGGUGAGGCCAUGGCUGGACAACUCCAUCGCAUUCAACAAGGUGUGGAAUUGAUUGUAGGAACCCCAGGAAGGCUUCUUGAUCUUCUAAUGAAGCAUGAGAUUGACUUAGAUGAUGUGAUGACUUUUGUUGUGGAUGAGGUGGACUUGAUGCUGCAAAGGGGCUUUAGAGAUCAGGUCCUGCAGAUAUAUAGGGCUCUGUCACAACCUCAGGUCAUGAUGUAUUCUGCGACAAUGUCUAAUGAUUUAGAGAAGAUGAUUAACUCUCUGGCAAAUGGUACAGUGGUUAUAUCCGUUGGAGAACCUAACAGACCAAAUAAGGCUGUGAAGCAGCUUGCAAUUUGGGUGGAGUCAAAGCAAAAGAAGCAGAAAUUGUUUGACAUUUUGGCAAGUAAGAAGCAUUUUAAGCCACCUGUUGUAGUAUAUGUGGGCUCCAGACUUGGGGCAGAUCUUCUGGCUAAUGCAAUUACAGUUGCCACCGGGAUUAAAGCAGUUUCAAUUCAUGGGGAUAAGUCUAUGAAGGAAAGGAGAGAAAUAAUGCAGUCCUUUUUUAUGGGUGAGGUCCCAGUAAUUGUGGCUACUGGAGUUUUAGGUAGGGGGGUUGAUCUGCUGGGUGUAAGACAGGUGAUUGUCUUCGACAUGCCUAAUUCCAUUGAGGAGUAUGUACAUCAGAUUGGAAGGGCAUCUAGAAUGGGAGAAGAAGGUGAAGGUAUAGUUUUUGUUAAUGAGGAGAAUAAGAAUGUCUUUGCAGACUUACUUGAUGUACUGAAAUCUGGUGGAGCAGCUGUGCCUCGGGAGCUUGCUAAUUCACGGUAUGCCACAGGAUUUUUCUCUGGUGGGAAGGGUUCAAAGAAGAGAAAGUAUACACUAUGA